GCCUCACAACGUUGGAGGAUUCUCUCUUCAGACAGCGGCGCUGGUGCUUGUUGUCUAGGCCGCAGCUAGCAAGUGCGAAUUAUCGCAACGAUUACAAUUUGCCGUACACGAAUAACGAGUAAUAAUUAUAACGCCGCUGCUGCCCCAGUGCCCGAUCGAUUAGCUGUGUACGCGUAGCGAGAGAUGGAGCCCGAGAAGUUGUCGCAGUUGAAGGCGUUCGUGCUGCUGUGCUCGCAGAACCCGGGCGUGCUGCACAAGCCCGAGCUACACUUCUUCAAGCAGUGGCUGGAGAGCAUGGGAGCCCAGGUGCCAGCGGCACCAGAGGAGCCAAGUGCUGCCAAGCCUCCCCCUCCCAAGGAGGAGAAGAAGCCAACGUCCCCACCCCCAUCCACUUCGGCACCCGAAACAGAACCAGAGCCUGAGAGCGAAGAGAGCGAUCUGGACAUUGAUGAUGAGGGCGUGGUGGAGGAGGACCACGAUCCACCGCAGGAGAUGGGCGACGCUGAGGUUGAGGUGUCGGAGGAGAUGAUGGACCAGGCCAACGAGAAGAAGGGCGAGGCCAUGAGUGCCCUGGCCGAUGGGGAACUCCAGAAAGCCAUUGAGCUCUUCACAGAGGCCAUCAAAUUGAACCCCUCCUCUGCCAUUCUCUAUGCGAAGAGGGCCAGUGUGUACGUGAAGCUCGAGAAGCCAAACGCAGCGAUCCGCGACGGGGACCGAGCCAUCAGCAUCAACCCUGACUCGGCGCAGUCGUACAAGUGGAGGGGCAUCGCCCACCGGCUGCUGGGCCACUGGGAGGAAUCCAGCAAGGACUUGGCCAUGGCCUGCAAGCUCGACUACGACGAAGAUGCCAGCCGCAUCCUCAAGGAGAUCACGCCCAAGGCUCAGCGCAUCGCGGAGCACAAGCGCAAGUACGAACGGAAGCGCCUGGAGCGGGAGCUGUGCGACCGCAAGGCACGCGUGAAGCGAGCGCAGGAGGAGCACGAGAGGGCGCGCAGGGAGGAGGACGCACGGCGGCAGGCUGGCGGGGGAGGCUUUGGGGGAUUCCCUGGUUUCCCAGGGGGCAUGCCUGGGGGAUUCCCUGGGGGAAUGCCGGGGAUGCCCGGAGGAAUGCCGGGGGGAAUGCCGGGGGGCAUGCCGGGAGGAAUGCCCGGAGGAAUGCCAGGAGGGAUGCCCGGGGGAAUGCCCGGGGGAAUGCCAGGAGGAAUGGGAGGUCUCAACGACCUCCUGAGUGACCCAGACGUCAUGGCUGCUGUACAGGACCCCGAGAUCAUGGCCGCCUUCCAGGAUGUGGCGCAGAACCCGGCCAACAUGUCCAAGUACCAGGGAAACCCCAAGAUCAUGAGCUUCAUCGGAAAACUCUCUUCCAAGUUUGGGGGGGCUGGUCAUUGAGUCCCCUCUUGUAGUGGGGGGGUUCAGGGGACACAGAGGGGUGGGGGUACAAACCCCCCGAGGGAAAGCAUCCCACAACUAGGAAAGGCAGUCAAGGGGCAGCGGUGGGCAGUGAUAGCUGGAAUGGCUGCAAUUGAGCGAAAUUCUGCCUGCGAUCGUUUAAGUGAUAAUGACUGUGACAAUUACGUUAAAACCUGGCAGUUAUUUUUUUGGAUACUUUUCUUUGUUACAUUUUUCAUUUGUUUAUUGGGGUGGGGAGGGGGGGACAGACGGGCUGGACAGCACUGAAUCCACGUUGUGUUGUAAACAUCUCAUCGGCGGAUCACACCUCAGGAAGGGCGCUCGUUCGGUCUUCGCGCCAGCAAUCCCCGAUCGCUGGUUUUAUUCACGCUAAAAACAAAAAAAAAACAGAGCCAGCGGUGAACGAAAUGAAUGUGUGGUGGGAUUUCAGGGGGAACUAAUGGGAUAAGAGAAACGGGUGGUGGAGAUGAUGGGUCACUCACGGCUUCAAUACAUUUUUAGUCCACAGAUGGUGUUAGUCCACUGCGUGGGAACAGCACGGAGGCUUUACGCUCGAGUCCUGUUUGAAGAGACAUGAAAUUUAGAGUGCUUUUUAUAUUUUUCUCCACCUGCUAAAUCAAGUUCUUUUAGUACGUUGCUCGAUGGGUAUUUUUUUUUGUUAGAUGCGUGCAUGACUUGGCAAAUUCAUGUCGUGGAUUUUUUUGUUGUCGAGCCGUUUUGUCUCCUGUCAAUGCCGUGGAAUCUCACUCCCCAGGUGAAAAGAUGUGGUCACACAUGGUAGGGGAAGCAGUCCUUCACGAGUACAGAUUAAAACGGGGCUUAAAUUAUCUUUAUCGAGCUCUGGGAAAUGUGUUUAACGAGCAAUUCGAAGUGAUCAGACACGGCAGCUUGUGAACCUGCCUUGUCUUCGCGCGACAAGCAAAACUGGUGCGCGUUCAUGUCGCCUUUGCCGUCUCUGCAUCAGUCGGGCUCAGGACACCAGAGGUUCGCAAAGUAAAGUGUUCGUAGUUUCAAUGAAUUGCGCGAACAUUGCCCAAAGCGUGUCUAGGGGCUGUCACGUGUCACGUGUGGGAAUGAAGCGUUCCGAGGGGAGGGGGGUGGCAGGUUUUGCCGUCAUUGCCUCGGCCGCAGCUCUUUGCUUAUUAAGCCCUUAUCUUGAUUUCCGACCUCUCAUCUCCCCCGCACCCCUCGCUGAGCACACGUCGGUUGUGUCUUCCUUGUCUUCGUCUACUGAUAAUUCCCAACCUCUCGUCCCUUCGCAUCCUCCAGUGGUGGAGCGCCGAAUGUGGCCCAUCUAUUCAAAUCCUGGAGCGAUGCUCGGGGCUGUUUGGGUUUCAUUGAAAACGAUGAAUAAACACAUUCUAUAGGUGAA